CAGAGGUAACGCUAAUGCGGAAGUAAAUUACUGCAUAGAAGGAAAACAUUAGAUAAACAUCAAACUCCGACAGGUUCUGUUGAAGUAAUUACGUAUUAUUUUAUAUUGAAUAUCAUGGCAGUGAGCGCGGUGCAUUUAGAGUCGGACGCUUUUCUAGUUUGUAUGAAUCACGCGUUGAGUACAGAGAAGGAAGAAGUCAUGGGGCUGUGCAUCGGAGAGGUUGACACGAAUCGUGUUGUCCACAUCCACUCGGUUAUUAUCCUGCGGCGCUCAGACAAGAGGAAGGACCGAGUAGAGAUUUCUCCUGAGCAGCUCUCUGCAGCCUCCACUGAAGCCGAGAGGUUGGCUGAGAUGACGGGGCGUCCUGUACGGGUGGUGGGAUGGUACCACUCUCAUCCUCACAUCACCGUGUGGCCUUCACACGUCGACGUGAGGACGCAGGCCAUGUACCAGAUGAUGGAUCAGGGUUUUGUUGGUCUCAUCUUCUCCUGUUUCAUCGAGGAUAAGAACACAAAGACGGGUCGAGUUCUGUACACGUGCUUUCAGUCAGUCCAAGCCCAGAAAGGAUCAGAGUACGAGAGAAUCGAGAUUCCGAUCCACGUGGUUCCUCAUGAGGCCAUCGGUAAAGUGUGUCUGGAAUCUGCGGUGGAACUUCCCAGAAUUCUCUGUCAAGAGGAGCAGGACACGUACAGGAGGAUUCACAGUUUAACUCAUUUGGAUCCGAUCACAAAGAUACACAACGGAUCAGUAUUCACCAAAAACCUGUGCAGUCAGAUGUCAGCAGUGAGCGGGCCGCUGUUGCAGUGGUUGGAGGAUCGACUGGAGCAGAACAAGAAGAGCAUCCUAGAGCUGCAGAAAGAGAAGGAGAGACUGACGCAGGAGCUGGCGUCGUUAUGAACACAUCACCUUCACCGUCAUCAUCACAACCAACACCGCCGCGGUGCAGCUUCAAACCUCCACCAUCUAAACCUAUAUCCUGUAAAGCGUCCGGUGCUCUGAACACAGCAGCCUUUCUGCUACGUCACAAGCUUGAGAUCAUGGUGGGGGGAGGGGGGAGAAGAGGAAGGUGAUGACUCUUCAUCAUACAGAGAGAGAGAGAGACAGAGUGUCUGUAGGCACCACUUCAGGAUGUUUAUUACACUGUUGUUGUCGUUUAUGAUGUCGUUUAGACCCGUGGCACUGUUUCCGCUGGUAAUUAUUGUCUGAAACUCGUCUGACGUGACAGAAAUGUAAAUAGAUUAUUUUUACUCAGUAUUUCUGCCUAAGUUUAGUUCUACGUUAUGUCCUUUAUUGUAAAUUUUUGUCCCUCUUCACCCCCUCCCGUUCCAGACACACACACACACACACACUACACGAUGCACAGAAAAUUACAGAUUAUAUUCUAAUAAAAUUAAAUAAACUGUGUAACUUUUCAAACUUUUUAAAGUGCAUGUUUUAAUAUCCAUCAUGUCAUGUGACCAAAAUAAGAGAAGGGAAGCUGUGUAGUGCGAUGAUGUCUCAUGAGACGCUUCUUUUAUUAAGUCAUGACAUUUCAUUUAUUUUAAUUUCACUUUUAUUUUGUUGAUUUAGUAACGUGUGAAAUAUAAUAAAAGCGUAGCUGCAUCUUUACGAGCUGCUGGCGGUGGAGCGGCGCUCUUAACCAGACUCGCACUAAACUAUACUUUAAUUAGAAAAUAAAUCUGAAUCCCAGCAGAUUUCAUCAUUAAAAACAUUUUAAACAAUAAAUUGAGACAGAAAUUGAGAUGCUCAAGUAUGUUAUGGGUUUUACAAUCAUUUUAAACACUUAUAAUGUAAAUGAAAUUACUAGCUUGAUCAAAAAUAUACGCCCCUUACUUGA